AGCCGAUAUCCGAACUUGACGGCUGGCAACAAGGGUAUAUACUGACCGACCUGCAACUCCCAUCUCACUGCACGGACUUCCCUCUCUUCCCCAAACAUUUCAGACCGCAGUCCACGACAUAUUUGCUUCUGGUCAAAGCCGAUCAGCCCGGAACUACAGUCAACAUGUCUGUCAACGAGAAGCAGCCUGUCUUGUCUGACAACGCAUUGUACUCGGCGAGGGAUGAGGUUGAGUAUCAGCAUGAAGGGCGCGACCGUCGUCCCAAGGGGAGGGCAUUCUACCUCGUCGGUGGAUUCGUCAUGACAAUAUUGCUGUUCGUGGCCUGUGGGCAUUGGAUGUCCAUCAAUGGCUUCCAAUUCGGGCAUCUGGACCUUUCCGAUAUUGUCAAUCAAGAGAUGCGACCAGCAACAACCUCCUACGACGACUCCGUGCGGCUGCCAAACUAUUGUCGCAACACGCCGCAGCGGCUCCCCAGCACUUCACAGGCAUUGACCAUGAGUUCUGGCCACAAUAUCACCAUCGUCCAGAGGGUUGAAAUGCCAGACCCGCAUGACAAGGAUAUGCGACCGCUGGGUGUAUCUGGCGCCAUCAUCUUCCGCCAAACUGACGGCGACCAUCACGCCGACGAGGUUGAGAUUGAGACCAUUGUCAAUGAUGAGAGCAUCCAAUUCAAUUCAGACUGGGAUGCGGCUGCGCAACGUCUAACCUUAGUCAUGCCUCAUGGCGUCAAGGGGUGGAGGGACAAUCUUGGGCCUUGCAUGGACAUUCGUGUCACGGUCUGGAUAGCACCGGGAUCGACUGUGGCGCAACUCACAGCAGACACCGUCCACCUCAGCAUCGAUAUCCUCGAAGAUCUGGACUUGCAGGUGGACGACAGGACGACCCUGAAGACUGUUGUUCGCAACGUAAACGCCCCCGAGAAGAAAGGCAGCAGGCAGACGCCAUACAGUCUGGCUUCGAGGGAAAUCGAAAUUGAGACAUCAAGUGGGCAAGUAAAAGGGUGGUACCCUUUGUACGAUCUCCUCAAAAUACACACCGCUUCGGGCGAUAUCACCACAUGUGUCGGGCAGAACGACGCCUGGGGCUCGGAUCCCAAGCCCGCCGUGCUGAACGUCUCGAGCAUCUCAGGCACGGUCGUUGUCAAGGAAGAGCUCGACACGGACGUCCCCGACCGAGACUACGUCGUGAGCAUGCGGUCGGGCUCAGGCUCCCUCAGUGGAGACGUGGCCAUAUCUUCGAGAGCGAGCUUCGGGUCCGUGUCUGGAAGCCUGGAUCUCACACUCUUGCCCGUCCUCGAGCGCACCACAGCCAUGGCGGAGCUUGCGCCGAAACUCGCCACCUUGACGCGAAGCGGCUCCGUCAAGGUCAACCUGCUCGAGCCCCUCUGGACAGACGGCGCACGACGUUCAGCCGAGGCGGUCGGCGUGACACCCCUUUCUCAUCUCCAGUCCGAGCACAAAUCCAUCAGUGGAGACAUUGAUCUCUACUAUCCAGCCUCCUGGACUGGCGACUUUAGAGCGCAGACGAUGACCGGGAGCCAGAGAUUCAGAGGCGACGGACUACACACCCGCAAGCAGGGCGGUAUACCCAAGGUCGUGGUCGGGCAUAAAGGAGAGGGUGCCUCGCAGCUUACGGUUGAGACGGUGACUGGCCGCGAGGACUUUCUGGUGGGACGAGAGGACUGGGAGCUUUGAUUUGGGGGUCACACACAGUGAGGGGGUUUAUCGUCUUUCUAGUUUGAUUUGGUCAUUGUUCUCAUUGUAGUGUGCGUAUACUAGUCAAAUAUCCACAUCGAAGCCUGCUCCGACAUAUUGCAAAUAGCCAUCAUCAUCAUCCAAGGGGGGUAUCCAUCAU